AUGCAACAUCUGAAAACAGUGCUUGUCUUUGAUGAGGUCCGUCUAAUGAGCGGAUCCAAUCGCUGCACAGGGAGAGUCGAAGUCUAUCGCAAUAAGCAGUGGGGGACCAUUUGUGACGACGGAUGGGAUUUACAGGAUGCCCAAGUCAUAUGCCGAGAACUGAACUGUGGAAAUGCCUUAUUAGCAUUAGGCGGAGCAAACUACGGCCAAGGGUCCGGUCCCAUCAGGCUGGACAGAGUCAGCUGCACCGGAAAUGAAACAGCCCUCAAACAAUGCCCCCAAAGUCCUUGGGGAGAUCAUAACUGUGAUCAUGGAAGGGUUGCAAGCGUAGUGUGCUCAGAUCCAAAGGAGGUCAGACUGGUGAACGGUUCAAACCGGUGCUCUGGGAGAGUUGAGGUGUUCCACAAUGAACAGUGGGGGACGGUUUGUGAUGACAACUGGGAUAUCAACAGCGCCCAAGUUGUGUGCAAAGAGCUCGGCUGCGGGAGAGCCCUCUCAGCCCCACGUAGAGCCCGUUUUGGAGAAGGAGAUGAUCCCGUCUGGCUGGAUGCUCUGGAAUGCAAAGGAACCGAAUCUGCCCUCAAGGACUGCCACCUAAAAGGCUGGGGGAAACAGACUUGCGACCACGAAGAAGAUGCCGGUGUGGUGUGCUCAGGUAAUGGGCAGGCAGUACUCAGACUGGUGAAUGGAUCGAGUCAUUGCUCUGGGAGAGUGGAGAUAUUCCACAAUCAUCAGUGGGGGACCAUCCACAAUGACCACUGGGGCAUGAAAGAAGCCGAAGUUGUCUGCAGAGAAGUAGGCUGUGGUGCUGCUUUGAAAGCCCAUACGAAAGCCUGGUUUGGUCAGGGAUCGGGGCCCAUCUGGAAGGUUGACAUCAAGUGUACCGGAACAGAAACUUCUCUCAAUCAAUGCACAUUGGGCCUUUGGGGUCCGGAUGACUCUCACCAUGGAGAAGAUGUUGGUGUGGUGUGUGCAGUGGAACCCUUCAUGACUUUGCCUUCCAUCUUCAUCUUCCCUGAGCUUUCCAGAACAGUAUUAAAGACAGUUAUGAGGCCCAAGAAGACCAGCUUGCUAGAUCAGAAGAAAGUGUUUGGUUACACAACAGCAAAUGGGCGCCAUGUAGAUUAA